AUGAAUAUUACUGACUUUCAGAACGAAAGUCAUUUAUAUGUUUAUUCAGACAUCAAAGCAACAUUCGUCACUGACUUUAUUUUCGCAGCCCUUUUCAUUAUUUUCGGCAUCAUUUAUUUACUAUUUACAAUUCGUCAAACCUGCGAAGAGAAGGGCGAGGUUGAAGGUCAGUUCGAGGCACAAAUCUCAUACAUUACAGCGGUUUUCUGCAAAGGCUUGGGGUUAUUUAUUACGGGCUUAUUUUUGGCCAUAAGAACGCCUAAACCUGGCAAUCAUGAUUUCUGGGAUCGGUACUCUGUCCUUCCAGGCGGUAUUCCAGGUUAUGUAACAGCUAUUGCCUAUUGCUUUAUUUUCUUUUCCUGGUGCUCCGUUUGUUUUGACUCCCUUGAAAAAGAUUCAGUUAAAUUUUACUCAAGAAGCAAAUGGGUAUUGAUGACUUUGAUUUCCUUGGUUUGCGUAUUUUUCACGAUCUCAAUUAUUUGUAUGCUUACAAUCAAUCCGGAAACAUUCCACAAGGUAGAGGCUACAAUAGCCAUUUUACGUGAUCUUAUUAUCUUCUUCUUAUUCUCACUUUACUUAAGAAGAAUUUUCAAACUUUUCGAAGAGCCUUGCCCAGGAUGGAGCUCUCCAGAAACAAAAUUACUCUUUAUCUGUAUCACCCUCAUCGUUUCUCUCAUUAUUCGUCCAAUAAGUAUUGGAAUUUACACUUUAUGGAUUUAUCCACCAAAUCAUGACAAGAGAAGUGAAUUUGCUACAACUUAUUUAAUCAUAUACCUAAUAGAAAUACUCAUAACUGAAAUUGUUCCAAUUGGUUCUAUUGGCAUUACAAGACUCACAGGAUCAAUGCAGAAAACUGCAAAGAGUGAGGAUGUAGCACAGUUCCUUGCUAUUAGUUAA